AGUCACCUCAGCAGAGAAAUUUCGUCGUGCAACAAAUUGGGUAUAAGGCAGCCCGAGUCCCGUGGAUUACGUCGGGUACGACGAGUUCCUUCUUUCCCACGACCGACAAUCCAAUAAUACUCGACCCCAUCACCCCUACUCGACAAUGACCCAACUACCAGACCCCACCGUCGACCUCGACUGGUCGGGCUAUGUCGGCUCGAUUCAGGAACAUUUCAAGACCCAAGCCGAGGCGCACCCCGAACGUCCCUGUGUCAUCGAGACCAAGUCGUCCACCACCCCCGAGAGAAGUUUUACCUACCGUCAAAUAUACGAGGCUGCCAACACCUUGGCAUGGUAUCUGCACAAUGCCGGCGUCACCAAUGGGGACGUAGUCAUGAUCUGGGCCCACCGCUCCGUCGACCUGGUGGUGGCCCUUAUGGGUAUUCUGGCUUCCGGCGCGACAAUGACCGUCCUCGAUCCCGCCUACCCUCCAGCAAGGCAGCAGAUCUACCUUGAAGUCUCCCAGCCCCGCGCGCUGCUGAGGAUCGGACGGGCCACCGACGAGAACGGGCCCCUGGCACCCUUGGUUCAGAAGUACAUCGACGACGAGCUACCACUCAAGACCGACGUUCCCGACCUCAGGCUCCGGGAUGAUGGUGUGCUCUACGGCGGCGAAGUUGACGGCCAGGACAUCUUUGCGAGCGUGAGGCAACUCGCAUCCUCCCCUCCCGACGUCAUUGUUGGCCCCGACUCGAAUCCCACACUCUCCUUCACAUCUGGCAGCGAAGGGCGCCCCAAGGGUGUGCUGGGUCGCCACUUCAGCUUGGUCAAGUACUUCGGCUGGAUGUCCGAGCGAUUCAGUCUCUCUUCGGAGAGUAGAUAUACCCUCUUGUCCGGAAUUGCGCAUGAUCCCGUGCAGCGCGACAUCUUCACACCCUUGUUCCUCGGCGCGCAGCUACUAGUACCCUCCAGGGAGGAUAUCCAGCACGAGAAGCUUGCCGAAUGGAUGAGGGAGCACAAGCCGACCGUCACCCACCUCACACCAGCCAUGGGUCAAAUCCUGGUGGGCGGCGCCUCGGCAGAGUUUCCCAGCCUGGAGCAUGUCUUCUUCGUGGGCGACGUGCUGACCACAAGAGAUUGCCGCGCUCUCCGUCGCUUGGCCGCCAACGCCAACAUCAUCAACAUGUAUGGCACAACCGAGACACAGAGAGCUGUCAGCUACUACGAAAUCCCGAGCCGGACAAGGGAACCCGACUACUUGGACAAGCUCAAGGACACUGUUCCUGCUGGAAAGGGAAUGCAGAACGUCCAGCUGCUUGUCGUCAACCGGGAGAACCGAACUGAAAUGUGCAAGGUGGGCGAGGUGGGCGAGAUCUUUGUCCGGGCCGCCGGUCUUGCCGACGGUUAUCUGGGAGACCAAGCGUUGAACGAACAGAAAUUCCUUAUGAAUUGGUUCGUCGACAACCAGAAGUGGGUCGACGCGGAUCUCAAGACCAGCAAGGACGAGUCGUGGCGGCGCUAUUACAAGGGGCCUAGGGAUAGGAUGUACCGAACAGGAGACCUCGGGCGCUAUCUCGAGUCCGGGGAUGUGGAAUGCGUCGGCCGUGCCGACGACCAGGUCAAGAUUCGCGGCUUCCGCAUCGAGCUGAACGAUAUCGACAGCAAUCUAAGCCAGAACCCUCUCAUCCGCGACUGCAAGACCCUGGUCCGGAGAGAUCGUAACGAGGAACCCACCCUCGUCAGCUACGUCGUUCCCGAAGACAGGGAAUGGCAGCGCUGGCUCCAUGACCGCGGGCUGGCCGAUGUUGAGGAUGAAGGUGUCGAAAUGGGGUCAGUCACAGUCUUCCUGAAGAAGUACAGGAGGAUGCAGACCGAGGUGCGCGACCACUUGAAGACCCGGUUGCCGACCUACGCCGUGCCCACCAUCUACAUUGUCCUCAACAAGUUGCCCCUCAACCCCAACGGAAAGAUUGACAAGCCUAACCUCCCCUUCCCCGACGUUGCUGAGCGUGUCGAGGAUGCGUCAGAGGAGGACUUGAAGAGCUGGGAGUCUCUUACCGAAACCGAGCGGACCGUGGCCCAGCUGUGGGCUGAUGUCAUCCGCGGGUUGAACCCGAAGACCAUCCAGAGGGAGAAUGGGUUCUUCGAUCUCGGCGGACACAGCCUGCUAGCUCAACAGUUCCUCUUGACUGUUCGCAAGAGCUUGGGCACCGAUGUCCCGAUCAAUACGCUCUAUGAGCACCCCAGCCUGGCUGGCUUCAGUGCCCAGGUCGACAGGAUUCGGAACAACGACACCACCACUGUUGGUCCCGAAGCUGGGGAGGCUGCCUACGCCAAGUCCUUGGACGAGUUGCUGCACCAGCUACCUGAAAAGUACCAGUCCGCCGACGGUGAAGCCCUCGCUUCGGCUGAGCAGCUGACCAUCUUCCUUACCGGUGCGACUGGUUUCUUGGGUUCCUAUCUUGUACGCGACGUUCUUGAGCGGACGGCGCGGAAUGUUAAGCUUAUUGCGCACGUCCGCGGUGUCAAGGAGCCGUCCGCGGCUCUUGCCCGCCUCCAAAGGUCUCUCCAGGGCUAUGGCUUGUGGAAAGAGGAGUGGGUAGGGAGGCUCAGCGCUGUUGUGGGUGAUCUGUCCAAGCCCCAGUUGGGUAUCGACGAUGCCACUUGGCAAAGUCUCGCGCAAGAGGCCGACGUCGUGAUUCAUAAUGGCGCCACCGUCCACUGGGUCAAGCGAUACCAGGACAUGAUGGCCGCAAACGUUCUCUCCACCGUCGAUGCCAUGCGCCUGUGUAACGAAGGGAAGCCGAAAGCCUUCUCCUUCGUCAGCUCGACUAGCGUCCUGGAUACCGACUACUACAUCCACUUAUCCGACCAGCAAACCAGCACUGGUCAGGGCGCCAUUAUGGAGGAAGACGACAUGAGUGGGAGCCGGUCCGGGCUUGGCACCGGUUACGGCCAGACCAAGUGGGUAUCGGAACAGCUCGUCCGGGAGGCCGGUAAGCGCGGCCUUCUCGGGUCGGUCGUCAGACCCGGCUACAUCUUGGGCGACUCUGAAACCGGUGUCUGCAACGUUGACGACUUCUUGAUUCGCAUGCUCAAGGGCUGCAUCCAGCUGUCUUCGCGGCCGCACAUCAUCAAUACGGUCAACGCCGUCCCGGUCAACCACGUCGCGCGCGUCGUGGUCGCGUCCGCACUCAACGCGCUGCCGGGCGGCGUCCACGUCGUCCACGUCACGGCCCACCCGCGCCUGCGCAUGAGCGAGUACCUCUCCAUCCUCGAGUUCUACGGCUACACGACGCCCGAGGUGACGUACGCCGCGUGGAAGGAGGAGCUCGAGAAGUUCGUGUCGGCCGGCGCGCUCGAGAAGGACCAGGAGCAGCACGCUCUCAUGCCGUUGUACCACUUCUGCAUGAACGACCUGCCCGCCAACACCCGCGCCCCCGAGAUGGACGACAGGAACGCCGUGGCCAUCCUCAAGGCCGAUGCGGACCGCUGGACCGGCGUUGACGACAGCACGGGUCACAGCGUCAGCAGGGAGGACGUGGGUAGGUAUCUAGCGUAUCUGGCCGAGAUCAAGUUCGUUGGGCGCCCGAGCGGGAGGGGCAGGGCGCUGCCCGAGUUGAAGCCUGAGGUGUUGGCUGCGCUGGCCGUGGGCGCCACUGGCGGGCGUGGUGGUGCGCCUUAGAAGGGGGUUCGGUUGGGCAUAGACAAGAUAAAAGCGAUCCGUUUGUAUGUUUCACCAGUUAGAGCGAGAGGAUUUAUGCUACAUUGCAUUGAAGAGGAC